AUGCGCCCCAGCUCUUGGAGGUAAGCGGCAGUGUCCGAGUGGUCGCGGUGAAUAUGCAAGGCCGCAGUGGCUGCGUGACAAGCCUGCGCUACCAAUGCGCCCGCCGGCCAGGAGAACGGAGCCUGUGAUAGAUCCUUUCGUAACACCAAGUAUUGUACCAGGACCUGCGGCUCCGCCCUGGAGGCCGCCAUCUUCCUGACCACCCGAAAGACCGGACCUACUGCCCGGUGCAUGCUGGGAUCAGGGAGGGGCUCUGAGUGCCGCCAUGAUUUUGUACGGCGGGUGCGCAAAGUACGCCGGGAUUGAUUGGAUUAGUUUUGAAGACGAGGACGGCGGGAACUCUCUCUCACUCCUAUCCUGGGAAGGACAUCUAGGUCCCUGUUACCACUAGCCUAGACAGCUUCAUGGGAAGGCUCUUGGGAAUCUGAGGAGAUGGAGCAGACGAAUACUUUAUGCCAAGACGGCGAGUCCAAAGGAGGUGUCUUAGCUCACUUGGAAAGACUGGAGACUGGAGUGGACAGAUCCCGCAAGCAGUGCGAAGAGCUGCAGAGCGCACAGGCGGUGGGAAGUGCUCUUGCAACCAAGAUUCAUAAACUGAGGUGUCUGCGAGAUAAGCUGAGGGCGGAAGUGAAGCAGCGGCAAGCCAGAGUUAAAGCAUCUAUUGCCAAUGUAGAACCUGCCCAAACAGUGGAAAUCAGUGAACAAGAAGUUUUGGAAAAGAAACAGGAAAAUGUGAAAGCCAUUUUGCAGGCAUAUCGUUUUACAGGGCUCAGUGGUAAACUGACCAGCCGAGGAGUCUGUGUCUGCAUCAGUACUGCUUUUGAGGGGAACCUGUUGGAUUCCUAUUUUGUGGACCUUGUCAUACAGAAGCCACUCCAGAUACAUCACCAUUCGGUCCCAGUCUUCAUUCCUCUGGAAGAAAUAGCUGCAAAAUACUUACAGACUGAUAUUCAGCACUUCCUGUUCACUCUCUGCGAGUAUUUAAGUGCUUACUCUGGGAGGAAGUACCAGGCGGAUCAACUUCAGAGUGACUUUGCAGCCUUUCUCGUUGGGCCCUUGCAGAGAAACUCACUGUGCAACUUGCUGUCAUUUACUUACAAAGUGGAUCCAAGGGAUCAGGCUUUCCUGUUUUGUGCUAGAUUGCUGUAUAAGGACCUCACAGUAACUCUUCCAACUGAUGUCACCGUUACAUGUCAAGGAACAGAAGCAUUAUCCACCUCCUGGGAAGAACAGCGAGCAGCCCAUGAAAUUCUGUUCUGUACAAAACCCCUUCAUCAAGUGUUUUCUUCAUUUGCAAAAAAAAGAGAGAUGCUGAAUAUGAGCCUGGUCUCCUAAAAUAUUUUUUUCACUGGAACACAUCAGAAAAAUAAAUUCCCCUCCCCCCACCAGGUGAAAGGAAAUAUUGCACUUUCUGCUCUCAUGACUAAGGUGACAGGGGUUCCAGAAGAACCUUUCAAGAUUAUCAGGAACAUCAGGACGAGGGCCAUUUCACCUCAUCAGACCACGCGGAGACAACCAGGUCCCCAGCGUCGCUCUCUCCGGAGUGCAAAGCACUGCUUGCAAGUUCCAGCUGGGAGCAGAGCGUCUCCAGCACAGCGUCCCGCCCCACCUGAAGCAGAGCGUCCUCACCGUGCGCCCAGCCCAGCGGCAAAGGCGGCUUGCUCCACCUCUCCCGCGCUCCUGCUCGCAGUGGCCAGGGCCUCUCUGGGGCAAGCAGGGCUGGGUUGGAACGAGGGCUCUGAAAGGAUUGUUCCAGUACUACGCCUAAGACCCCUGCUCGGGGGACACUACAGGCACACUGAGGAGUAGUAUGGCUGCCCUCAGAGCUCACAUAUCCACAAACAAAUGAAGGCUUGAGGAGAUUUUUAAACCUAAAGUCUACGUGAGUGUGCACUUCAACAAUUCAGGAAUGUCGGGACUUGGUAAUUUGUCCU